ACCACCGGCAGCCGACGCCACUGCAACAUCUCACCUCUCCAGACACUAUCUCUCCAACCUCAUAGAGUCACCUCCGCGAAACUCAUCCCCUUGCCGGUGCAAAAACCAUGCGCGUAACGUCAUACCUACUCCUGCUCCCGUUGUUCGUGGCAAUGGCACGCAGCGACGACGACUAUAGCAGCUUCAUCAGCAGCCUCUCGUACAACUGGCAGAACGAGUACUCUGAUCUGCGCUUCCAGGUCAACCAGCUACAGAAAAACGACCCGCAGCAGUACCAAGCGCUGGUGCUGGCGCUCGGCCUCAAGCCAGGGGUCUACAGUCAGCGUGCCGUCGGAGUACGACGAGAAGUGGGCAUCGAAGUUUGUCCAGCGCCGAACUCCGAGCAGACGUUUGAUGAGGCAAAGGCGACGCCGACCAAGGGCACUGAUGACUCGGGGAAUAUUGUGAUAUCAGUGCCGACGCAUUCGCCUACGUCGAGCAGUGACGAUGGCAGCGACAUGGAGUCCAGCGAGGGCACAGACUCGGGCGAUGUCAGCGGCUCCGAGGGGAGCAAGUCAGCAAGCAAGAAAAAGAAGCCGGCAUCUGCUUCGGGCGACUCAUCGGCAGACGAAGAGAGCACGCCGUCGUCGCACAAAAGCAAGAGCUCGUCGGUGCAGUACGGCAACCCAGUAGUCAGCAACCUCGACUUCCAGACACAGGGAGUCAGGCCAACCGGCACUGGGUACAACGCUGCAGCACUGGCCUCAACACCUUUCGCCGCCGGCACGCUGGCGCUGGUCGCUCUAACAGUUCUAUUCUGAGAUAAACACACCUGGCCGGGUCAUAGGCUCGAUUAAUAAGAUAAAUGCUACAGCUCCUGCCACAAACGCCGCCCAGAUGGCGUACCGGUACUGCGGGUACUGCGAUAUCCUCGACACAUCGGGCAGGCCCUGGAUAUUGCAAAAGCUGUGCGCUACAAUUGGCCCCACCACGCUUUUGGAGCGCACAUACAGAAACACGGCGUACCAGCCAAACAGCGUCGUGUAAGCGAACUGGAAGCACGUCGACAGGGCAACGGCUGACAGGGGCGAGCCGCUGCGGUAGCUGGUG